GCGGCGGCUAGAGAGGCCGGCGGGCCCGGGACGCCGAGGCUGCAGGCCGCAGGGAACGCGCACGGGGCCGACUCCGCGCCGCCGGCCUUGUAGCCAUUUUAGGAGGAAUCGCUGAUCGCCAGCGAGGGGUGCGGCUUCAAUUUCAAUAACUUUAUUGGUGGCCUGAUCUGCAGAACAGUCAUCACUUCAGUGGCCCCUGGAGGAGGGAGCGCAUCGCCCGAGGUGGUCCCCGACAAGCUGCAGCCAUGGGAAACACCACCAGCGACCGGGUGUCCGGGGAGCGCCACGGUGCCAAGGCUGCACGCUCCGAGGGCGCAGGCGGUCAUGCCCCGGGGAAGGAGCACAAGAUCAUGGUGGGCAGUACGGACGACCCCAGCGUAUUCAGCCUCCCCGACUCCAAGCUCCCUGGGGACAAAGAGUUUGUAUCAUGGCAGCAGGAUUUGGAGGACUCCGUAAAGCCCACACAGCAGGCCCGGCCCACUGUUAUCCGCUGGUCUGAAGGAGGCAAGGAGGUCUUCAUCUCUGGGUCCUUCAACAAUUGGAGCACCAAGAUUCCACUGAUUAAGAGCCAUAAUGACUUUGUUGCCAUCCUGGACCUCCCUGAGGGAGAGCACCAAUACAAGUUCUUUGUGGAUGGACAGUGGGUUCAUGAUCCAUCAGAGCCUGUGGUUACCAGUCAGCUCGGCACUAUUAACAAUUUGAUCCAUGUCAAGAAAUCUGAUUUUGAGGUGUUCGAUGCUUUAAAGCUAGAUUCUAUGGAAAGUUCUGAGACAUCUUGUAGAGACCUUUCCAGCUCACCCCCAGGGCCUUAUGGUCAAGAAAUGUAUGUGUUUCGAUCUGAGGAAAGAUUCAAAUCCCCACCCAUCCUUCCUCCUCAUCUACUUCAAGUUAUUCUUAACAAAGACACUAAUAUUUCUUGUGACCCAGCCUUACUCCCUGAGCCCAACCAUGUUAUGCUGAACCAUCUCUAUGCAUUGUCCAUUAAGAUAAAGAAACUAAGGCUCAGAGAAGGUCAAAUUGCCAGACAGUGUGAUGGUCCUUAGCGCAACCCAUCGCUACAAGAAGAAGUAUGUUACUACUCUGCUAUACAAGCCCAUCUGAAGGAAUCCCUUCUUGCCUCCAAGGAUUCAGGAGAAGCAUCUCCCUUGCCUUUCUGGACUGAACCAGUCUUACCUGAGACUGGAAGGCUGAUUUGCUUUGAGGCCGAUAUGUGUGUUUCAGAGCCUCUGAGUAGGACGCUCUGCUUUUGCAUUUGAUUGCAGAUGAGAGCUUUAUGAGUUCACGGAAUUUAUUUUAAGAAAAAAAUAUAUACAUAUGAGAAGAAGGUAAAUGAAAGCCUCCUAGCCCCAGCUAGAAGUAUUAUUUCUGCCUAUGGGUUUUCACCAAGACCUGUUUGGGGGCGCUGCAGGAAUAACUAUAUAGGAAGCUUUUUUCCUAAAACGAAAGAACAGCAAACUCUUAGGAUCCUUGUUGGGCGGAGAUUCUAUCACUGCUACCUUGGCUCUCCAAGGAAUGGGCUUGUGCUAGACCGCUGCCCUACUUAACAGCUGCCUAAUUGCAAGGGCAGCUUUUCUUGCAUGGGUUCUCUAUAUUCCCAGAGUAUGUGGCACAAUGUGUGUUGUUUAUAUGAUACCAGAUGCCCCACAAGAACCCUUUUUCCUCUCAUUUCACAUUCUUCCUUUAGUAGCCUCCUUCAGAUCCCAUACCUGACCCCUCUCUAACACAAAACUCACUGGGUAAGUGACUGAAAAGUUUUGUGGCACCUGAUCCACCCCAGACACUAGGGCUGUCAGGAGGUCCCUUUUUAGCCCAGCACAGGCGCAGGCCACUUUGUCCUGUUUGUUUUAACUUCUAAAGGAAAUAUGUCUCCGCAUUAUAAGAAAAGCAGAAUGCAGAACAUCUACUUUUUUGUUUUAGUUUGGUGCCACGGCUCAGGCUGUAUUGGCAAAUUCCCGAAAGUUUUCACACUUUGCCUGGCCCUGCUUCUGUCUUUUCUCUCUCAGCAAACAGUUCUGAAGCUAGGAGUGGAACCGGGGAGUACUUUCAUGUCUUUCAUCCUUGAAAGAUUUUUAUGUGCCUGCAUUUUUUUUUUAAUUAAAAAAAUGCCUUUUCAUUGGUCUUAAGAGACUGCGUUGGAGAAUUUCAGGCUUUUGAUAAAUGCUUCUUCAGAUUUUCUUCUCUAGUCUAGCCUUCCACAUUCUUAGAUCAAUAUGGCCAACCCUGUACACAUCACUACACUAAACACUGCUCUAGAUAAACUGCUCAAGUUCAUUUAAUUCAUUUGAUGCACCUAAAGGGUUCCCUCAUUUUAAAGAUUGUUAGGCCAAGAAGCAAGAAAGUAUUCCUAGUAUUCCCAACCAUGAAAAGUAUCGUUCUUUGCACCAAGUGUUAACAAAAUCAUUUUGAUCUCCUGCCUCUUCUUUUUAAAGGGUUUGAUGAUUAAUUGGGGUCACUGAAUUCCAUUUGUGAGCUGAAAAGUAUUCAAUCCACUUUUGGGGUUCAGAGAUAAAACAUUUUUUCCCAAGUAGCUGGGGCUCUUCCAUUUUACAGAUAAGUCAAAUAGUACUAAAGGAGGCUAAACUAUUGAUGAAUGAGAGACUCCCUGACUGCUCAGAUGAGCCUAGCCACACGGAAAGGGCACCUACAGGUCAGUUUAGCUACCUCCUGUCUUUUCCAUGCAAAGCUGACAACGCAGUUGUCUUCGGACUUGUAGACCUCUUGGAUUCCAGGUGUGAUGGAGUAAAGUAUGGGAUUGUUGUUUUGCUGGGGUGCAAAUAACUAAAUGCUUUGGUGGUUAAUUGCUAAGAAAUACUACUUUAACCAUCCAAGGCCACCUUCUGCAGCAAAAGGCUUUUGUGGAGAACCUUUUAUGUUCCCAACCACUUUUUGAAUGGUGUGCCAUUUAAAAAUCCAGGCCAGAUCCUAUUAUAACCAACUCUCAGGAUUUACAGUCUUCAGUUGUACUAGAAUUUUGUUUUUAUCCAAUACCCAUUAAAUAAGUGGGCCACUUAGGAGGAUUCAAAA